UCCACAAUGUAUUUUGAUAGACCGUUAAUUACACAUGUUUUUACCCCUGUUCUUACACCGUUUGAGAUGUGGUUUCUCGUGUUUUAGACCGAUUUCACGCUAGGUUGUGCUUGUUUGUGAUAUUUCAGGUCCUGGCAAGUGAAUGAAGGUUUAGGAGCGAGCUCAGGGUCGAUUGGGCGAAGAUCGGGCGCGAGGCAAGUCACAAAGGAGGCCACACGGGCACACCCACAAAUCACACGGCCGUGCAACUCAUAUUUCUGGUCGUGUGAGAUUGUGCGAGAGCAAACACGGCCUGCCCUGAAAACACACACGGCCGUGUGAAGGAGUGGCUUGGCCGUGCGAGUUUUGCCGAGAGCAAACACGGGCAGAUGGAAGCCACACACGGCCGUGCCACUCUGGCCGUGUGAGAAGCCCUGGAAUUCGACUAAGUGAUACGGUGCGUUUUGCCUCACACGGGCAACUGGGUAGGCCACAUGGCCGUGUGGCCCUGCCCGUGUGAGUCGGGAUUUCCUGGUUUUAAGCCAAAUUCCGAACCAAAGAGGAGGAGAGCUGGGUUGUUGGAUCCCAAACACCCAAGGGACGAACCAAAGAGAGAGAGGGCGAUUUGAGGGCAUUCUUGGAGUAGAGAAGGAGGAUUUCUUCGCCUUGGAAGCUUGAGGAACAAGCCCGGACUUGAAGACUGAUCAUCUGAAGAUUCUUACGGCAGUCUCUCUCUUCUCUAUGGAGUAACUUCCCUUCACUUAGGUUUUGAGGAACCCUAGCUAUGUUUGUUUGAUUGGAUGAUUGUAUGAGUACUCUGACUUGAUAAUCUUGAGUUCAUAUUCAAUCUAUGCAUGUUUUCAUGAUUCAAUUCUGCUUUAGUCGAGAUUAUUGAUUCUGCUUUGAUCCUAUGAGAGGGAAUACCUGAUUAGGUCAAUAGAGCACCAUAGAUUGAUAGUAGUGGAUCGAUUGCUUUAGUCAAGGGUUGAUUCACUGCUUUGUAUCGAUUGAGAACCUCUUUCGAUAGAGGGAGUCUAGUUCAGAAUGCCUUGAUCAGUUGUUCUAGAGAAGGAUACGCCCCUCUAGGCAAUUGACUCAAGAGGGCCUUGUUCCUUUAGUCGAGACUCAAGGUCUAGUCAAGGAUUCUCCGCAUUGUGAAUGAAAGUGAAACAGGUUAGAGAUCAUCAAUCAUUAAUCUGGCUAGUGGCUAGGGGGAAUCAUACCUAAGUGAGUUCCCAACCUGUAAUUAGAUUAACUUUAACUGUAGUUUGCUAGAGUAGUUUUAGUUCUUUCAUCUUAAUCUGAUUUGCUAAAUAAUAAACUGAAGCUGAGUAAUAGUAACUCUAGAGACCCGUGGAUUCGAUAUUUAUCACUUGAGCCACUAUACUGCAGUCCCUUUCAUUGGUUACACUUGGCCUUUGUUAGGUGUUGUGUUUUAGAGCAUCAAUUUUUUGGCGCCGUUGCCGGGGACUUUCUAGAGUAUUAGGAAAGGCAGAAGUUUGUUACUUUAGCAUUUUUCUUUUCUUUUCCACCCUUGCUUUUCACUUGGGUGUUUUUGUUUUUGUUGGUGCAGAUCUGAAUCAUGGAUCCUAAUGGCUUCUCCAAUCAUUGGGGGUAUCCACCACCACCUGAGUGGUAUUACCCCGAGACUCCCUGGAGCAAUCAAGGAAGAGAAGACUAUGGAUUCGGGUUCCAGUACCAACCCCCUUACUACGGAGAACAACCGGAUCCCUGGGCAUAUCAAGAACAACCUCAUUACCAAGAAGAAUUUUUCCCACAACCAGAGGGGCCAUUGGAGCUGGAGUUACCCAUGGCGGCCUUCACGGGCCAUUCUGCAGAGCCAUGCUACACUCCACAGCCAGAUCCACACUAUGAAUUGAGACUUCUCAUGGAGCAGUUUGCUCGAGACUGUGAUAGAACAUGCUCCAGGAUGGAUCAUUGUGUCCAGGCCUAUCGUGAAACAGAGGAGAUCCUCCUGAGCCUUAAGAAGAGCGUCGAUGAUCUUGAGCGAUCUUGGGCACAGCCUGCUCCAGAUCACCCUUCUGCUACCAUACAAGAAGAGGAGGAGGAAGAAGAAGGCUACAAGGACAUUGUGGAGCACACUGAAGUUGUCACGGAGAGCUCCCGUGAUGAUCAUGAUCAGGAGUGUCCUGUCAUAGCCGACCACACCUUCCCACACCCCAAACUGCGCUUUGAAGAGGCGGGCAUGAGUGAGGAGUUGCAAGAAGAUCUCAUGAAAGAAAUUGCUUGGCAACUUGCUCUCCAAUCCGUGCUAGAAGAAGAAGAGCAACAAAGGGUGCAGAAAGAAGUUGUGGAGGAUGACGAAAGUGAAGCAGGAGGAGUUCUUGAUCAUUUCCCAGGGGUGAUACCACAUGAAAAAGAAAGGGGGGUUGAAGAAGCAAUUGGCGUCCAGGCUGAGGACGGAGUUAAGGUGGAAGAGGCCUGCACCGGCCAUGAGUUACAUGUGAUAUCUCCACCAAACUUCGAGGAACUGCUUAGCAAGGACCCAUUUGCAGUGUCUCUUUGCCAGACCAAGGCCACCUCGACAUCGGUCCCUCUUGGUGGACGCGAUGGUGGCCAAUCGAUGCUGUCAUAUCUGGUUUAGGGCAAUGAGACGAGAGAAGAGAAGGAGAGGUCUCGAGGGUGGAGACUUCAUCUGCAUCAAGUACAUGAGCCUUCAUUACCUGCCACACCACAUGCUCGUGACUUGAGACUCCACCUCAUCGACGAGAACCUCAACUUCAAGGAGGUUCUAGCAUGGACCGAAACUUAGGAGCCAUCGUCCGGCUCACAACGUGAAAGAAGCGCUUGUUGGGAGGCAACCCAACCAGUCGGUUUGCAUUUCUGUCUCUAUUUCUCCUCGGUUGAGUCAGUUUUGCUAUUUGAUUUUAGAGUCAAUAACUCAACCUUUGUGAG